AUGCGGCGCCUGGGUACCAAGACGCGCACAGAGGAUCAGGACACGUUGUGGAGCGCCCUCUCAGACGUGGGAGCGGCCCAAGACACUGCAAUUGAUGAUGUUGGGCCCGGCAGGGCGGCAAGCAUGCUGCCCAACCGGAUCCAGCAUGGACACGCUCAGAGCAUCGGCUCCCCGGGUGCUCCCAGACAGCUCCCGGGUACAGGCGCGUGCGCGACGGCUUCCACCACCCUCCCGCUCGCUGCAGAAGCCCCCUCCGCUGCCCAAGACUACGCGAAUGUUGCUCCUCCACCCGGCAGGGCGGCACGCAUGCUGCCCGACCGGGUGCAGCUCGGGUCCGCGCUCGUAGCCGCUACGGCUCGCGCACUGGGCGCCUGCCACGGCCCCAGCGACCCAGAGGACAGCUCAAGCAGCGGCAGCGGGGCUUCGGACGACGACAUCCCUGCCUCUUCAACGGACAACGACGCUGUCAGACCAAUUGAUGACGACCGGCUUAGCAGGUAG